AUGGAUCCAAAGAGACCUCCAGAUGUCAGCAGUAGUGCAAGUGUCCCCGGGAUGGGCCGCAGAGGAGGGCUGCAGCCUCAGGAGCAGGCUAUAGGAGGAAGUAGAGGGCUGCUGCUCUCUUCAGAAGGGUUUGGUAUAGGACGAGCCAGAGGUUUCCCCACUCUCGGCGAUCAUCACAGACAAAGAAUAACUCCCCCCGCUGUGAAUCCUGCAUUCGGCAGAUGCCUGCCCUUCCCAGCAGCUGAGCCAAAAGUUGGGUUUGCAAGAGGCGAUAUCCGGCCUCCUCUGGAGCACAAACCUCCAGGGGGACCCAAGAUGCAAGACCUGGCUUUGACAACAAAAGAGGAUGAUGUGGCUGCCUUCGGUCAAAGAUCCUCCCUGGUCUCAAUGUUUAGAGGAAUGGGCAUCAGUCACUCCAUUACCUCAUUGGGGAGAGCUCCACCUCCGGGAAAAGGAGCAGGUGGAGAUAUGGGUGAGCCGUGCCCAGUGGGUGUCAUCAGCAGCCCAGAAGGCCAACUUGAACCGGUGAUGGACGGAGUCGUCAGUUUCCAUGGCCGAGGUCAGCCCCCUCAGACGGUGGUCGGGCUUGGUAGAGCAGCGGUGCCUUUCCUCGGAGCUGGAAGAAGACAAGCUCUUCCUCCUGUGACUCCAGGUCACAUCGAGCCAUUUCCUCCGGCCUUUAAGGCACAAGCAGCCCCACACUGUCACACUCCACCCACAGGAGCCGCGCCCCCGAUGCCCACUACUCGAGAGGAGCUGGUGCCGGGAAAGUCGGGGUUUUCUUCUGCUGCAGCACCCAAGGAGUUGAUGAAAAUAGAGGCAGUCCGUGAGGCUCCAUAUAAGGCUGGAACAAAAGGAACUCCGAUCAAGAUCGGCUCCAACCACAUCAUGAUCCGGUGCAAAAACGAGGCCGUGUAUCAGUACCAUGUGACCUUCAUUCCAAAUGUGGAAUCGAUGGCGAUGCGUUUCAGCAUGAUGAAAGACCACCGCUCCGUCACGGGAGAAGUCCUCGCUUUCGAUGGCUCCAUUCUCUUUCUGCCUGUCAAAAUGGAAGACGUGGUUCAUCUGAAGAGUGUGAGGCGAACGGAUAACGAGGACAUACAAAUCAAAGUCCUGAUGACGAAGAUCUUGCCUCCAAACUCUACAAUGUGCCUCCCGUUCUACAAUGUGGUGCUCAGGAGGUCAAUGAAAAUCAUCGGGAUGAAGCUGGUGGGUCGAAAUCAUUACAAACCAGAGGGCGCCAUCAUCCUUGGAAAACACCGGCUGCAAAUUUGGCCCGGUUAUUCAACCAGUGUGAAGCACUCGGACGGAGGCCUGUACCUGAACGUGGACGUGUCGCACAAAGUCCUGAGGACCGACUCGGUGCUGAACAUCAUGAACAUGCUGUACCAACAGAGCAAGGAGAACUUCCAGGACGAGUGCACCAAAGAGUUCGUCGGCAAAAUCGUCAUCACGCGCUACAACAACCGCACGUACCGCGUCGACCGCAUCGAGUGGGACAAGUCGCCCAAAGACACCUUCACCCUGAUGGACGGCACUGAGACCACCUUUGUGGAAUACUACAGCAAGAACUACGGGAUCACGAUCAAAGAGAUGGACCAACCUCUGCUCCUCAAUCGGCCGAAGGAGAGGGCCAAGCCGGGAGGAAAGCAAAUCAUCACCGGAGAGGUUCUGCUCGUGCCGGAGCUUUGCUUCAUGACAGGAAUCCCUGAGAAAAUGAAGAAGGACUUCAGAGCCAUGAAGGACCUGACCAUGCACAUCAAUGUGAGCGCAGAGCAGCACACACACGCCAUCAAACAGCUCCUGAAGAGCCUCACCAGCAACCCCGAGAGUGAGAAGGAGCUGAGCCGCUGGGGCCUGAACCUCGACUCCAACAUCUUCAUGGCUCAAGGAAGAGUCCUUCCUAUGGAAACCAUCUGUCUGCAGUCUUCCUCCUUCACCUGUGGCUCUGAUGUUUCCUGGUCCAGAGAGAUAGGCAGGGAUCCUUCCAUCAGCUCAAUCCCGAUGAACAUCUGGGGCAUCUUCUACCCUUGCCGCUGUGCAGAGAAGGCAGAGGAGCUCGUCUCUACCUUCAACAAGGUGGCCGGGCCCAUCGGGCUGAGGCUGGCGCGACCCAUCCACGUGGCGCUGAGGGACGACCGCACCGAGUCUUACGUCAAGGCCAUCCACUCUCAGAUCACCAGCGAGCCCAACAUGCAGCUGGUCGUGUGCAUCAUAGUGGGAAACAGAGAGGAUCUGUACAGCGCCAUCAAGAAGCUCUGCUGUGUCAGAAGCCCCAUCCCAUCCCAGGCCAUCAACGUACGGACCAUUUCCCAGCCGCUGAGGUUGAAGAGUGUGGCCCAAAAGAUUCUCCUGCAGAUGAACAGCAAGUUAGGAGGAGAGCUGUGGACGGUCAAUAUCCCUCUGAAAAACCUGAUGGUGGUCGGUGUGGACGUCCACCAUGACACCUGCAGAGCCCGUCAGUCAGUCAUGGGCUUUGUCGCAAGUGUGAACAGCUCAUUCACCCGCUGGUACUCCAGAGUCACUUUCCAGAGCCCGACUGAAGAACUGAUCAGUGGCUUUAGGGUUUGCUUACUGGCUGCAUUACAGAAGUACUACGAAGUGAACCACAACCUGCCGGAGAAGAUCGUGGUGUAUCGGGACGGCGUGUCGGACAGUCAGCUGAAGAUGGUGGAGCAGUACGAGAUCCCGCAGCUGAUCAAAUGCUUUGCGACUUUCCCCCACUACGAGCCCAAGCUGGUCUUCAUUGUGGUCCAGAAGCGCAUCAGCACCACCCUCUACUCCUUGUCUGGGAGCAGCGUGGGCACCCCUCCACCUGGAACCGUCCUGGAUCACACCCUCACUCAGAAAGACUGGAUGGAUUUCUUUCUGAUGGCACAUUCCAUCCGUCAAGGCUGUGCAAUCCCGACUCGCUACAUCACUCUGCACAACACGGCAAACCUCUCAUCGGAUCAUCUGCAAAGGUUGACUUUCAAGAUGUGCCAUAUGUACUGGAACUGGCCCGGCACCGUCCGAGUUCCCGCUCCCUGCAUGUACGCUCACAAGCUGGCCUUCCUGUCGGGCGACGUCCUGCACUCAGAGCCGGCCAUCCAGCUCUCUGACAAGCUCUUCUUCCUUUGAGUUCCACCUCCUCACAGAAAGACCACAAUCAUUAGAGCGAUUCAUAUACAAUUUAAAAGCCCGUGUUUUGAGUUUUAAAAUAUCUUUUAAGACAUUGUUCCUGUAGCUAAUUGCAAGAAAUUCACUUCACUAUUGCAGACAGUGUUAUUGCAUAAAAGUGGUGUCUUAGUGUUCACGUCAUUGCAUAGCAGGGGGGUCCUAGUCACUAUUGUGAUGUGUGUACCAGUGGCUGUAAAGUCUGACCGCUGCAGGAAGGAAGGACCUGUGGUAUCUGUCCGUUGAGACGGGGUGUCCUGGAGGCGGGACACGUCCAGCAAAAGAUGACGGCCUGUUUGCCAUUCUCCUGUCCCACACCCCGCCCCUGGUCUCCCCAGGACAGAGCUGGCCUUAACCCUUCUCUUGCAGUUCGGGUCAAAUCUGACUUUGUUUAUUAUAAAUAUAAUAAAAACAUUUUUCAUCCAA